AUGUUUGAGAACUCGCUGCUGAUCAUGAAGCCGGACUAUAUGCACAAGCGUCGUCCGGUGCUACUGAAGCUGCUGGCCGAGAGAUUCCUGAUUAAGGGAAGCCGCAAGUUGGCCUUCUCCCCAGAGCUGGCGGCCGAGUUUUAUGCGGACUAUGCCGAUGAGAAGGGCUUCAUGCUGGAGGUCAUACUCCUGUCCAAGGGCGUCUCUGAGGCCUUCAUUGUGACCAAAGAGAAUGCGGUGCAGGAGCUGCUCACCACCAUGAUCUGCUACUUCGGAACAUCCGCGGACCUAGAGCGCAACAUACACGUGACCAAGCACGCCCAGAGCGUGGCUCGCGAGAUCAACUUCAUCUUUCCCAACUACAUCCACGAGCCCACAGCCUUAUUCGAGCGCAACAACUUCUGCAACCGGCCUAUGCUGAAGCAGCUGAUCGCCGAGGUCUACGACAUCCUGCAGAAUGCGGACUGCAGCCAGGACAACUGGAAGGUGCGGGUGUCCGACUACUUGGUGCGCAGCAAUCCCAAGGUGCCGCGAGUCAGCAACCAGUGCCAGGUGCGUCCCGACGUGGCCAUCCAGGACAAGGCGCAGCAGACUGUGACGACAUAUCCGUCGGCCGCGCGGGACGCCCAGCCGCGGGACAAGCAAAAGUCCAAGAGCAGCAGUUCCGUGCUGUCCAGCACCUCGCCGCACUCCUCCAUGCUGCUAACAUCGUCCUCGUGUGUGACCUGCGGCGGCUUCGAUCGCUCCGAGCCGUGCAUCUGCGAAUUGGAUCUGAACAAGCGCGUGGAGCCCCAGAGCGAUGAGCCUGCCUGCGUGGGCGAGGAGAUCUUGUGGAAGGAGGUCAUCGUCUACGAGGAAGUCAUGCCGGAGGAAGAGGAGGCCAGGGAGGAACGUUUUGAGGUCGAGGAAGAGGCCGAAGGUGAGGACGUCGCCAGCUCCGAUAUCGAAUCGGAUCACAGUGCGGUUGCACCACCUCCGCCCCCAAAGCCUGAAAGCGAGUCUGAGUCGGAGCAAGAAGCUUCUCCUGUGGCCGUGGAAGAAGCCCCAGCUCCGGCUACGGCUGAUUAGGUCUCCCCCACACCUGUUGCCCCAUCAUUUAAGCUUUUCCAAAUGUUUUUUCUGCUCCGUUCUGCCUCUAUCCCACUGUCCCCUGCCCCCUGUCCCUGGCCAUGCAUAGAAAAAAAUGUGAAAACAGGCAACAAAAAAAAUGCGCGCAAUUUUGUUCCUCCCUCCCGCCUCCCGCUGCUAGAACAGCCCUCCUGCAGCUGGCAAUGCGCACUCGCAGAAGCAAAGGGAAGGGUACUGGGCCUGCAGUUUUUCACUCGGGUUCAGGCCCGUCCAUCCACUCACACCCUCACCUCACAGAGGACAUGGCAAGUGCAGCAGCAGCAGUAGCAGCAGCAGAGGCUCUAAAGCGCUUUCGACUUUCCCGCCAGAGUGAGCAGAGUUUUCCUUACCACUUUUUUUGCAAGUGUCCAAUAAAAAACGGAGCAAAAGGGAACAAACUGUGG